UUUUGUUGUCAUUUCAGAAGUUGCUAGUAUGGAAUACACCUUCUGUUUUUCAUCCAAUACAUAUAAAUGUUGUAUAUUCUGAUAUAGAAGUGUUAGAAGUAUGUAGCUGCGUUAAAGCACACGUGUAUUUAUUAAGCAUAGUUAUUUUGUUGAUUUCUACAGGCCGAAACAAUGGCAAGCAACCAGACUCAAAUACCGCUGUUGGAGACAACACAACCCGUCACGGUAACCAAUGUAUCUAGUGAAAUACGUUGUCCAGCAUAUAGUGAUGAAAACAUUAACUGGGAGUCGGUACUACCUGGAAAAUAUGGCAAGCCAUGCCCGGAUAAAAUCUUCAGCAAUUUUCCAGAAUCAGUCAAAGCGUAUCGAAUUUGCUUGGACACGGGAGAAUGGUGGGGAUCAGGUAACGACAGUUCUGAGAGUUCCAUCAAUGGAAUAACCGACUACACUGCUUGUAUUAAUUAUUUUGAGGAAAGAAUGAGACAAAUGCUGAAGCACUACCAUAUUGUGAACACUCUUCAGAAAGUUGGUUGGUCACUCUCGUUGACUGCACUAAUUCUAGGAAUUAUCAUAUUUGUUUAUUUCAAGAAACUGCGUGUGCCAAGGAACUAUAUACAUAUCAAUCUGUUUAUAUCGUUUGUACUACUUCACGUAAGCGUUCUAAUUACGGAAGAAAUCAUGUUCACGACGGAGACAAAGGUAUUACAGCCUGUGCAUUGUAGAGUUGUGUCAACUAUAAGCCACUUUGCCAUCCUUGCUAACUACCACUGGCUCCUUAUGGAGGGUGUUUACCUCUAUUCGUUACUUUCCGUCGCAGUUUUAUCUGAAAGAUCAAGGCUUGAACUGUAUAUUGGAAUUGGAUGGGGAGGUCCACUUGUUGUCAUCAUAGCAUGGGUACUUGCACAUCGAAAGAAAUUAUGAACCCGUGCCGGUAGGUGCUGGAUGAGCAUAACUGAAUUUAAAACCUAUUGGAUACUUGAUGUGCCGAUAAUGUUUACAAUUGUGCUAAACACGAUACUAUUCCUUCUGAUUCUUUGUGUAAUACGUGACAAGCUAAAAACAUCCACAACGUCUGAAACAAAGAAGGUUAUAAAACUUGCAAGAUCAACAAUGGUACUGAUUCCACUGUUUGGACUUUACCACGUUAUAUUCUUGGUGAUCCGUGAAGAUAUGGGCAACAAUCUGGAAAUGGUCAAGAUUUAUUUUGAAUUACUGACAGGAUCCGUACAGGGUUUACUGGUUGCUGUACUCUAUUGUUUUAUGAACGGUGAGGUGAGACAAGAAAUCGGUCGAAAAUGGCGCCUUCAUAAAUUGAAUCGCGCACUCUCCACUCAUAGAAGCUUAAGGGAUGUAAAUUCACGAGUUUCUUAUUCAAAUCAUGGAGGAACAAGAAACGAAUCAGUAAGUGAACCUGUGCGAAAUCAUUCCAAUAACAAUGCGUUAUCUCUACGCACCAAACUCUUGAAUUUUCGGAUAAGCGCCCUCACGUUAUCUCGCAAUUCACCCGGAGAAGCAUCAUUUGAAAUUAAAGGUAAAAUGCGUUGGAAUGAUGAUACUAAUGUAGAUGAUAUGAACGAGAAUGAAACAAGAAUCGUUAGCUUAGCAGACGACUAUGGACACAACAGUGACGAUGGCGAAGUAAUGACAGCAUUAUGUGAACAAACAAAUGCUAAGACGACACAGAACAUCGACAUCGAAGCUGACGAAACAUUUCAACUGCAUACUGAUUACGCUAAUGGAGAAACUAUCGUGUAAAAAAAAA